GUGGGAGAAAAUGGCGCAGUUAUUACGUGCGCACGUUUGCAAUAUGGUUCUUCGUUUAUAGAACUUUGCGUAAAUUUCAUCACAAAAAAUGCGUACGCAAAAAAUGGAAAAUGACGUACGCCGAAAAAUCCAACGCAUCAAACGUGGCGUACGUAAAAAUGUGCACAAUCUUCUGUUGAUAAAUAAGAACUAUCUUGAAAACGUGCGUACGUGACCGAGCCUGAGGUUCUGCCCAGUUGCCGCCCACAAAUAACCAUAAAUGGUCAAUGCAAAUGAAUUGCGUGCUCAUAUAAUACGCAAAUCAAAUCUCUCUGGUUGCACGGUCCUAUGAUGGCGGCUGUAACAAUCAAGAGAAGAAAUUUAAAUUUUAACAAGUGCGAGGUAGAUGUGUUGCUGUCGGAGGUAAAAACACGAAAAAAUAUUAUAUUGGGGAACCAUACCACAGGUAUCACAAACAAGAGAAAGUACGUUGAAUGGCAGCAAAUUACCGCUGCGGUAAAUGCCGUCAGCUCAACAGAACGCGCUGUACCCGAAGUAAAAAAGAAGUGGCAGGAUCUGAAAGUAGAGGGGAAAAAACGACUGACUGCGCACAGGGCCAGUGUAGAAGCAUCAGAUGGGAAUAAUCCCACAUCUUCGCUCUCAGACUUCGAGGAGCGUAUGGCAUCUAUAAUAGGAGAUUCCCUAUUAUGCAGUGUUGUAGCAGAGCAGUCGGAAACUACAGAUGAGGUACAUGAGACCACUGAAAAAAAACCAGUGGUGAAUGUGGGACGGGAUGCUGGAGCGGCCACGGCGGAACCCAGCGUACCAGGUCCGAGCGUGAUGUCCCGUGAGACGCUGACGCCAUCGCCGCCGCCACGUGUUCCGAAAACCCAAAGCGGCGGCCGCGUCCUCACGGAUGCAGUACUGCAGACGCAGAGGGACACCAUUACAGCGAUCCGAGAAGUGGCAAAGGAGCUCAGAGAGAUUAAAGGGGUAUUGAGCGAAAUAUCGGUUUCAUUAAAGGACUUCUUUUAAAGACGAACCGUUGCUCUUGUUUUCCCAAAAACAGUACUACGUAAUGCGCAUCAGUUUAAUUAGUUGUGUGGACAUGCAAGUUCAGAUAGACUGGCUUGCAAUCAAGCGAGUUGGCACAUGCUGAUAUGAUGCUGCAGACUUUGGUCGGGUUGUACAGCAGCCUCUGACUCAUCCAAACGCCAUCUGAAUGUCAGGAGCUGUCAAAGCAUGUGAAAUGUAUAUGUGGGUCCCUGGGGCAACACCCCCUCCCGCAUAAGAAAAAAAUAGACGAAUCGGUACUGUCACAGGAGAGUGUAUCACGAAACUCAGCGAGAUAACGCAUUUAAGGCAAUAGUGAAGUCAUGUUAAGUAGCUCUAUAGUGUCAUUUUAACCAUACACAGUACAGUACAUAGUUAAAAACGGAACAGUGUUUCUCUUGGACCGAGGUGCUACCUAAAUUAACACAAGACUAACACAUAACCUAAGUGUAGAGUGCAUAGUUUGCAAUCUGUGGGCUGUAUUUUCGUUCAUUGAACUGGUCAACGUGAGGUAGCGGGGCUAAUUGUAUCCUGCUAUGACAAAAAUCUUCGUGAUGCAGGCCCAUGAAGCAGUGAAGUCGAUUGACCCGAUUACGGAAACCUAACAAAGGUGCGAAGUUAGUUUUUACGUUCCUAAUCUCCCACACCAUAGGGAUAGAUGAUAAACGCUAUGUCAGGUUUGUUUUGCCUUCCGGUUGCCAGAGUCACCUGUAACCAAAAUCUGUAUAUGUACAGCUAUAGCAAGUGUUUGAGCAGUUGGUGUCUAAUACUGGGUCCACAUCAGCACAUAACUGGAAAAGAAUGUCUGUUUUUCCAUAAAAAGUUGUCAUGGGCAAAGUUAAGAAUCUUUAUUGAUCCCAAGGGGAAAUUAUUAUGCAUAAAGCAUUAAGGUACUUAGAGUAGACAAACAGACAAAAUGUAAAGGCAGUACACAUAGUGCAAUCAGAAAAAAAAUAAUCUUAGUGGCCCCUGAAUACUCAUUGUGUGAUGUAUCUAGUGUAUCAUUGUCGUAUGCUUGUUAAGUGUUUUUAUUUUUUAAAUUUUUGUGACUGCACUGAAGUACCAUGCCAAUUUCUAACCACGCAUAUGUGCUUGGUAAUAAUAAAACUGAUUGUGAAACUCGUUCCAUUCUUAUCCUUACAUUAACAAAACAGACAUCAUACCAUCCACUGAUGCGAAUGAUUGACGCCUAAUUCACACUUAAUGCAAUAAGGACAAUUUGAGGGGUUUUCAGUCCCUGGGGAGAAGUGACCAGAAGUAGGGUUCAUCCUCCAGCAUUCUAUAUUCAAAUUGUGGCCGUUCCCACUGUGUUAUGUCAAUCACGCCUUGUUCAAUCGGCCAUUGGUAGGGAAAACUUGUUUCUCCAGUGACUGCUCUGUUCAGUCCUCAAAGACCCGCCCCUGCCUGAGAUCCCGACAUUUCAUUGGGUCAUCCAGGUGCCUAUCUUUCGCUCAACCCUAGCGCUGUGUUAUUGUUUAGUCCUCCGAUGCAGAAACUUUUGAGAUUCGUACUAUUACGAUUUAUUCUUGAUAUGCAAUGUCGUCUUGUUAUAAAAAUAUAUCUAGGUCAUUUAUAAAAAGUUAAAUUAAUAUCGUGGUUUAAAUAGACUACCGGACGUAAAAACACUGUUUAAAUGUAUUUUUGCAAUUUUGUAACUCACCUCUGUGUUUCCUUCAGGGCUUUUUUGUAACCCGAACUCCUGGGAAAAUUUAAGUACUUAAAAAAGGUCGCUUUGAUAAGAAUAUGCAUUUAUUCGUCUGUGUGAAAAUGGGGGAACCGUGCACCGCUAACAGCGAUUAAUUUUUGUUGAUAUUUUAAAUAUUGACUUUAAAUAUCCAUCAUGGAGCGCAUGGAGCAGUCCGGCCGAAUACAUCGCGAAUAAAUGUUUUGGCCGGCAGAGACACAAUGACAACCCCUCGGGAAGUGUUACUUGUCGGGGAAGGAAAUUUCUCCUUCUCGGCUGCUUUAUGCCAGGCUGCGGGAGGCAGUGCCAAGGUUACCGCCACCUGCUUUCUGCCCGAGGAUGCGGCUCGGCUGCAGGAUGGCGCUGCGGAGAACAUACGCAGACUUUCACACUCCGGUGCAGACGUGUACUACGAGGUGGACGGCACAGCCCUGGGGGAGUGCUCGUCCCUGAAGCAACGGUCCUUUGACUGCAUCAUUUUCAAUUUCCCCCACUGCGGGCGAAAGAGCGGAGUGAAGAAGAACCGCGGCCUGUUGGCUAAGUUUUUCCUCAGCUCCAUUCAGGUGCUAAAGGACAGUGGUGAGGUCCACGUCGCCCUGUGCAACGGGCAGGGGGGGACGCCCGCCGAUAAGCCGACUAGGGAGUGGCACAACAGCUGGCAGGCCGUUGCUAUGGCUGCUGAAGCUGGUCUUAUCCUGAGCCAGAUCUGUCCCUUUGACCAUGAGAAAUACCAGAGCUACAAGUGCACCGGCUACAGGAGCCAAGACAAAGGUUUCCAUGUAGAAGGGGCGCUAAAUCACAUCUUUACGCAUAGCUUGCCCUACGCUGCGAUACCGAGUAUAAACCUGGAAGCUGUUGUGGGAAAGGAGAUCAUUCUCUUUGAGUUUCCCAAGGAGCUAACUGAGUUUGCUAACAGGAAUUUCCUGGAUCCAAAAUCUCACCACUCAGUACAAAUGGUCCAGGAGCAGCUGUUGAAGGAACUGGAGUCCUUGUGGCCUGUGCGGGUGGUCGAUGUUGACUUCCCCUUGCUCUUCCGUGAGUCUCCGGAAAGACUGCAGGCCUGUGGCCCUGACAUAACGACAUCUGAUAUUUACUGGAUCCGGCCCAUUGAGGUUCGCGACCUGGGCGAAGAAGACUGUCAGCCGAAUGGGAUCCAGGACAGCCCAACAGGGAACUAUGGACUCUGGCCGUCCCUGCUGCUGCAUGUCCAGGAAGUGGUCCAGCGCGGUGACUUCUGCCCCGGCGUUCUGUUCAGGCUGAGUGGACCAGUCUACCGCAGGGUUCCUGUGUCCAGGAACGCCUCCCCUGCCUUUCAUCAGCUGCUUCUAGUCGGAGCCUUGCCUCCUGAACCUGAGCCAGUUGGGCAGCUAAGGAGUUGCCUGGAGAUGCUCCUGGCGCCAUAUGGAAUUGCACUGGAAGAGGAAGAUGGGAGCCGUGUACAGAAGCUGUGGUUGAAGGUAAAGGGUUCCUGCGAGGUUGGACGUUUAGAGGUGCUCUCUGCCCCUGAGGAGGUACAGCAGCUGUGUGUGGUGACCCUUAACCUGGACCUGCUGGCUGCGCAGAUAUUCGACGUGAGCGACUGGCGGCUCCUUUGGAGUCGCGACUGCCGCUUCCUGGCCCACUUCCUCCCCAGGUCACCAGGACCCUUCCGGCCUUUCUCCCUCUACCCGCCGACCUACGUGCACGACGUGAGCUUCUGGGUGGAGCCCGACAGCUUCGACGAGCUGACUUUCCACUCGCUGGUGCGGAGGGCGUCGGCGGGGGCCGUCAGGGAGGCGACGCUGGUCGACCGCUUCCGGCACCCGCACAUGGGCCAUGCCAGCAUGUGCUACCGGCUGACGUACCAGUCCGCCGACCGCGCGCUGUCCUGCAGCCAGGCCCUGGCCAUGCAGCUGGAGCUGCGCCGGCUUCUCCCCUUAGAGCUGCAGGUCACAAUGCGGUAGAGAGGCUGCUGGAGAGUGUGAGUGCUGAGAUGACAGCUGUCAAUCUGAGAUCCGGCUGCAGCCCAGCAAGGAAUCAUGGGAGUUUUAUUUCACUAUUUUAACAGAAGAAAAUGCACUUUUUGAGAAUAUCCAUGCAGAUUUACAGUGACAGGAGUGUGUUGCCCAUUGGAGUUUUAAUUACACAGAAAUGUUCUGAGGGCAGAAUGAAAAAUGGUCCAGAAAGAGAACCAAUCAGAUCGUAGAGAAGGUGGGUCCAACCAAUCCGAUGUCCUUGGACCCACCUCCUCUGGACCCCCCAUGAGUAGUGAGUGGAUCCUACUGUUCUGGAGAAUCUAGAUCACUUUUAUUUUUUAUUUUUUUGGAAGUGCGAUUUCAUGGUUGGCAACAGUAAAAGAACUAAAUUUCUGAGUUUGUAUUGGAUUUCUUACAAUUUGAUUCCAUCCAUCCAUCCAUCCAUCCAUCCAUCCAUCAGCUUAUCCAGGACAGAGUUGUAGUGAACUUGAAGCCUAUCCCAGGCAUUCACAUUACAUUUAUAUAUUUAUCAGACACUUUUGUACAAAGCAGUGGCAAACGGCACACUGCAAACAUGAGACUUCUCAUGUUCUCAAAGAGUCAACUGAGUGUAAGGGCAGCUAGGCUGAGCUUCCAGUAAAGGCCCAGGGAUGACAGUAAGGAAUAUUGGAGCAGGAGCUGCACAACAUCUUCCAACACAGCAAGAACCAGAUAAGACUAUUCAAUGAGCAGAAGUGCAGUAUAGGAGCCUUCUGGGAAUGUAAAGAGGCAGCAGUUUAGUAUAGAACACAAGGUCAUUGUAGGUCAUCGUAUUUACAAAAAAAAUCCAUUAGCCUAUUCAAAUGUAAACGAGCUGGUUUUGAACAGUGUUUGAUGUAUUAAUGUAUAAGGACAAAUAUUUUAGAAAUUAUUAAAAUUAUUGGAGAGAAAUAGUCUUAUUAAAUUAUCUUUCAUACUGUGUGCUGUAAUCGAUGCAAUGUUUUGCUAUUGUCAUGUGUAAUAUAACUCUUCUGUUAAUUCUUUUAUUUUGAGCCAGAAUGUGUGAUAUGAGUGCGCUUAUUUUAAACUGACGAUCGUAUACUUGUGGCGUUUUUUGUGUGUCAAACGGAAGUGAAACUUUGGCGAUUGUUGUAUAGCGCUUGUACUAUCACCGUAAUUAUGUUCGACGCCCAGCUUUUGUGUCGCUCAGUAAUUUAAGUUAUCAUUUAAUAUAAAACCUAAUAUCACGGUGCAGAAGGAUUCAAUAGAAUUAAAUGACGCUGCUGAAUUGCAUGGUGAUAGCAUAUUUAUGGAAGAAAUGCGUAUUUUUUGUAUUUCCGAGACAAUCUUUUAAUACUUAUAAUUCUUUUUAAGUGUAACUUUGUGAACUGACGCGAUGUUGAUAAAACAUAAGCUGUGGUUAUCCAAAACCUGCUAUUCUGUUUACAGUCCAAACGAGACUAAAAUAGCACUGUGAAUAAGUGAAAUAACUUUGAUAAUAACAAUGGGAUUCUGCAUUGACCGUCGGUGAGCUACUGACUACCUCUCAGAUUUUGUGCAGGUUACCGACGGAGGGUAAUUUUUGUUCUGGAUAAUUAAAUGUACCUGUUUUUGGAUGUUUUCUGACUGCGAAUUUCAGUUGCUGUUAUUUAGGAUUAAUGUGUUUUGGUUAAUAAAGUACUUUUUGGUUGGC